UUUGUUUCCCGCUUAUUCUUAAAUUUCAUUUGCAUCUUUCUCGACCCCAUGUCUUGUUUUUUCCGCAGUUGAGAGAGGGAAAAUAAAGUUUGUGUCUUUCUGUGCUUGUGCCAGAUUAUCCAGAUAACAUGUCCAUGGGCUAGUGACAAAAGGACACAUACAUAUACAGAAACAAAAGAGAAAUGAAGGUGGGAGGAGACAGUUCCGUGAAGGAAAAUAAAGAGAGUUGUGUUGAGAGUGCAAAGGGGAAAGCAGUAGUCGUGAUGGACACUCCAGAGAGGAGCAAGAAUAGCCAAAUCACAACCUCUGUCAACACAUUCGAGGACUCCCCUGUCUUUAAUUUUCUCAACAAUCUUUCCCCCAUCAAGCCAGUUAAGUCCAUACACAUCAGUCAGACGAUCAAUCCUCUUAGUUUUGCAUCGCUUCCAUCUGUUUUCACUUCCCCCCACCUUAAUUCAUUGAAGGAAUCGAGAUUUCUGAGGAGGCAUCAGCUCCCGGAUCCAUCAAAACCUGAAUUUGCUUCUGAUGAUGCUCAUACAGUUGACACAAGAAAGGAUAUUAUUCAUGCCAAUAAUGAAUCAGAUGAACAUCAGGCAAAUUUUGAUCAACCGAGUUCUGUUGGUCAAGUAGUUGGUGAGGCAUAUUUUGAAUGUUCGGAGCUUGUAGCUGAGUUCGAACAGAGCUUCAAGUAUGACUGCAGUAGUCCUGGCUCCAGUUUAACACCUAGCUGUGCCCUUAAAACCAAACACAUCGCUGAAUAUGCUCGCACAUCAUCAGCACUUAUUCCUUUUGUAGAAGAGGCCUCCCUAAGGGGGUUAUUUGGAAGUGAAGUGGAUCUUGAUGGGGUAAGCCAAAUUGAUCAAAAUAAAGAAGCCACAAGAUGUGAGUGGGAGAAUUUGAUUUCUGAUGCUCCGGAUCAAUUAAUUUUUGAAUCACCAAAUGACGCUGAGUCUUACAAAAAUUCGAGUAUUAGCAAUGACAUGCAGCAUACAUACUCUUUCUGUGAAGCAGAUUCUAGUGAAAAAGCUGAAGAGGAAAACGAAACAGAGAAUCAAUGUACUCAACCUGGAGAAGGAAGUGAAUUGAAGGAAAUAUCUGAAACCCAUGACAUAAUUUCUGGUUCUUCUAUGACCAUUCCCAUUGAGGAAGUGGAUAAUGAGCCUGUUUCUGGUUUGUACCGUGGUAUGAGAAGACGUUGUCUGGUUUUUGAGAUGGUGGGAUCCCGCAGGAAGCGUUUUGAUGAGAAUUCAGUUUCUGAUUCUUCUGCAUUUCUGCAAUCUGAUGUCAAUACUUCCACCAGCAAUGAGAAAAUACUCCCUACAAAGGCUGGAAAUGAUUCUUCACAACGCAGUUUACCAGGCAUUGGUUUGCAUUUAAAUGCUCUAACAACAACUCCAAAGGACUACAAAUUUCUCAAGCAUGAAGCGUUAGGUUCUGGAAGACUAUUGAUUGGACCAAGCCCAAAUGCCAAUUUUCAACCUCCAACAUCUGGUCAAGAAUUGUUAAACAAUUCUUUAGCUGUUAACUCAGAAAGAGAAAUCAGUGUUGUCGAAAAUGGUAUUCUUGCGGAAGAUGCUUGCCAGGCAUCUGGAUAUAUGAUCAAUGAAGAGUUCAAUCAGAGUAGUCCAAAGAAGAAGAGACGUAGGUUGGAUCAAGCAGGAGAUGGUGAAGCCUGUAAGCGAUGUAACUGCAAGAAAUCAAAAUGCUUGAAACUUUACUGUGAAUGCUUUGCUGCUGGUGUUUACUGUGUGGAACCAUGUGCAUGUAUAGAUUGCUUCAACACACCUGUCCAUGAGGACACUGUCCUUGCAACUCGUAAACAGAUUGAAUCCAGAAAUCCUCUUGCUUUUGCUCCCAAAGUGAUUAGGAGCUCGGAUUAUCUAUCUGAAACCAGGCAGGAUGAGUCCAGCAAAACUCCUGCUUCAGCUAGACAUAAGAGAGGAUGCAACUGCAAAAAAUCGGGUUGCCUAAAGAAAUAUUGUGAAUGCUAUCAGGGUGGUGUUGGAUGCUCCGUUAACUGCAGAUGUGAAGGGUGUAAGAAUGCAUUUGGCCGAAAGGAUGGCACAGAAGCUGAAUUUGACGAAGAUGAAACAGACACAGCCGAGAAGGGUUUGCAGAAACUCGCAAUCCAGAAUGAUCUGGAGCAGAAUCCUGAUUCUGUCCUUCCUGCAACACCUUUAAAACAAGGAAGACAAACUAUCCAGCAUCUAUUCUCCUCAAAGAACAAACUGCCUCGACCUUCUUUUCCUUCUAUUGGCUCCUCUUCUGGUUCGUAUGCCAGCCAUGGAUUCAGGAAACCGAGUUUUUUCCAACCUCCAGCAAGGUUCGAUAAGCAUCUUGAAACUGUUCUUGAAGACGAAAUGCCCGAUUUUCUCCAAGCUCAAUCUCCUAUCAGUUGCAUCAAGACAUCGUCUCCCAACAGUAAGAGGGUCUCUCCUCCUCACCGCAUAGGGACAUCUCCCAGCAUGAGAAGCAGCCGUAAGUUGAUACUUCAAUCUAUUCCGGCUUUUCCUUCUCUUACUCCCAACAAUUGACAGUCUUUUUGCUGGUGAAUCUUGAAGGAAGUUCUUUCAAUGUUUACAGUAGUUAUAUCAGUUAUGUUCCUUUAUCUGUAUGUUGGUCGAGCUUACUCUUCGACCUUGUAUCAUCCAUGUUUCUAUAAUAAACAACUAUGUUUAUUAGCUGUCAAAAGAACCAUGUUUCAUAAAGCCAAUAUAUGAUUCACUACAUACAA